AUGGCCAAGGUCAACACCCAGUGCUCCCAGCCCUCCCCGACCCACUGUUCAGUCAAGACCACAGACAGAGAUCUCGAUCACGUUGAGACUAGCCUCGGCAGGUCUCACUCACCAUGUGAGGAGACAUCUUCCACACUGCAGCCAGGGAUCGCCAUGGAGACCCAGGGACUGGCUGGAUCGGCACGGAGCUUAUUCACAAGCCAGGGGCCAGCCAGGGUGUCACGCCUCAUCAUCUCACUUCGUGCGUGGGCUGCCAGGCACUUACACCAUGAGGACCAGAGACCUGAUGCCUUCUUGGAUCGAUUCCAUGGAACUGAGCUGAACGAGGUGUCCAGCAGGGAAAGCAAUGCCCAGCCCAACCCAGGUGGACAGGAACCACCAGACAGAGGGUAAGAAACAGAAAAAGGAAGAGGAAGGAAGAGGGAUGCCGUUGUGGUGGACCCUUCUAGCGACAUCUACUACCGCUGGCUGACUGUCAUUGCCCUGCCGGUCUUCUAUAACUGGUGUCUACUUGUGUGCAGGGCCUGUUUCGAUGAACUUCAGUCGGAGCACCUGAUGCUGUGGCUGGUCCUGGACUACUCUGCAGAUGUCAUUUAUGCUGUAGACUUGCUGGUUCGAGCCCGGACAGGUUUCCUUGAGCAAGGCUUAAUGGUCAGAGAUACGAAGAGGCUGUGGAAACAUUAUACAAAGACCCUGCACUUCAAGCUGGACAUCCUGUCUCUCCUCCCCACAGAUCUGGCUUAUUUAAAGUUUGGAGUAAACUGCCCAGAACUGAGGUUCAACCGUCUACUGAAGUUCUCUCGACUCUUUGAAUUCUUUGACCGCACAGAGACCAGGACCAACUACCCCAAUGUGUUCAGGAUAGGGAACUUGGUUCUGUACAUCCUCAUCAUCAUCCAUUGGAAUGCCUGCAUCUACUUUGCCAUUUCUAAGUUCAUUGGUUUUGGGACAGACUCCUGGGUCUAUCCAAACAUCUCCAAGCCAGAGUAUGGGCGUCUCUCCAGGAAGUACAUUUACAGUCUCUACUGGUCCACCUUGACCCUGACCACCAUUGGUGAGACCCCACCCCCUGUGAAAGAUGAGGAGUAUCUCUUUGUGGUCAUAGACUUCCUGGUGGGUGUUCUGAUCUUUGCCACUAUAGUAGGCAAUGUGGGCUCCAUGAUUUCCAACAUGAAUGCUUCGAGGGCAGAGUUCCAGGCUAAGAUUGACUCCAUCAAGCAGUACAUGCAGUUCCGGAAGGUAACCAAGGACUUGGAGACUCGGGUUAUCCGGUGGUUUGACUACCUGUGGGCUAACAGGAAGACGGUGGAUGAAAAGGAAGUGCUCAAGAGUCUCCCGGACAAGCUGAAGGCUGAAAUCGCCAUCAACGUGCACCUGGACACCCUGAAGAAAGUCCGAAUCUUCCAGGACUGUGAGGCAGGGCUGUUGGUGGAGCUGGUACUGAAGCUUCGUCCCACUGUGUUCAGCCCUGGGGACUACAUAUGCAAAAAGGGGGACAUCGGAAGGGAGAUGUACAUCAUCAAGGAGGGCAAGCUGGCUGUGGUGGCCGAUGACGGCGUUACCCAGUUUGUGGUCCUCAGUGAUGGCAGUUACUUUGGGGAGAUCAGCAUCUUAAACAUCAAGGGGAGCAAGUCGGGUAACCGCAGGACGGCCAACAUCAGGAGCAUCGGCUACUCAGACCUGUUCUGCCUCUCCAAGGACGAUCUGAUGGAAGCCCUCACCGAGUACCCAGAAGCUAAGAAGGCCCUGGAGGAAAAGGGUCGGCAGAUUCUGAUGAAGGACAACCUAAUUGAUGACGACCUGGCCAAGACUAGGGAAGAUGCCAGAGACAUUGAGGAGAAGGUGGAAUACCUGGAGUCAUCCUUGGACGCCCUGCAGACCAGGUUUGCACGGCUCCUGGCUGAGUACAGCGCCUCGCAGAUGAAACUGAAACAGCGCCUCAGCCAGCUGGAGAGCCAGAUGAACGGGAGGGGUCGUGGCUUCUCACCUGCUGGGGAGACUUCCGGGGAUAUGGCAAAGACAGAGUGAGAAGUGCAGGCGACUGUCUGCCUCCCGCCUCCCAGGACCAACUGUCAGUGAGACACUAUCUGCCGCCAUAUGGCACAGGGCUGGUCAUCCUUCACAAGUGAUAUGACUGCAAGAGAGUCUUGGUUUCCUCGUCUAGGAAAUGGGAGUCAUGGGUGUCGGCUCCGUAGAGUUCCAGAUUAUCGUGAGGUCUACGUGAUACAUGGCAAGGGGUGGGGAAAAGCAUGGUGUGCUGCCAAUUAAGUGUAUGAUAGUAUGUGUACAGGAUAUGUGUGUAUGUGCAGUUUUCUGUAGAGGUCAAACAAGAGUGCUGGAUCCCCUGGACUGGAGUUACAUACCACCCAGUGUGGGUGCUGGGAUCCUGUCUUAGUUCAGGCUUACACAUCCACAUCGCAGUCCAUCACUGAAGAAACUCAAAUGAGUUCUUGAGGGCAAGAACCAAACAGGGCAGGAACCUGGAGGCAGGAACUGAUGCUGCCAUGGGUGGGUGCUGCUUACUGGCUUGUUCUUCACAGCUCGCUAAUCCUGCUUUCAUAUAGAACCCAGGGCCGCCAGCCUAGGAGUGGUUCCACCUACAGUGGGGUGGACCCUCCUACAUCCAUCACUAAUUAAGAAGAUGUAAAAAAAAAUGCAUUCCAGGCUUGCCUACAGCUGAGUCUUAUGGACGAAUUUGCUCAGCUGAGCCUCCCCCCUCUCAGAUGACUCUAGCUUGUGUCGAUUAAAAAAAAAACAAAACAAAACAACCAGCAUAGAUCCAAAUUUGCAGCCCUUUCCAUAUUAGGUGGAGUGGAAGGUCUUGCUGUGUUGCUCAGUCCAGCCUUCAACUCCCUUGCUCAAGCGAUGUUCACGUACCAGCCUCCCAAGAAGCAGGGACCAAAGGCAUACUCCCGUUUCCGGCCCGAUUAUUUUCUGUGAAAUCCAGGAGGAGAUGAUUAAGCCGCAGCCUAGCUUUCUUACCCACUCCAUCUGAUUGUGGAGACACAAGGGGGUCUGGGGAUAUAGGUCAGUGAUGAAGCCCUUCCCUAGUGUGAGCAACAGCUCUGGCUCCGCACCCUAGUGCCCCCCCCAAACAAACACACAGAAUGGAGAAGACAACAGAAGGCCAUUCACACAAGCUUGUACCUUAAGUUCAGCUUUACACAGGACAGUUUGGGCUGCGUGCUGGAGCCUGGCAUCUCCCCAUACGUGUGCUUACUGGGACCCUGGAAACGCCGGCUUUGUCAAGUCACAGCAUUGUGAGAUGGAGAGCCCUUCAAGUCAGGGUAGCAAAUCUAGAUUCUCUGCCUUCCGGUUACCGUGUCUUCUGUUCGCUUAAUGGGGUGGGAUGUCUCGUUUCUUCUCAUUGGUCGAUGGGUUGAAAGUCAUCUUCCCGUCUUCCUAGAAGUCAGACCUUGAGUAAGGGCUUCUCCUGGACACCAGAGGUAUAGUAAUUGGGAAUUUCCUAGAAACUGGCAAGCAUAGGAGUUUGGGCAAUAUCCAAAAAGACUGAUCCUAGGAGUCUAACGUGGAGGCUAGAUCCAGCUGUCACUAAAGGAGUAGCCUGUUACUACUAGAGUCACAUAACUCCCUGUCGCUACCCGUUCCAGCUCAAAGUGGAGAGCCAUGUUUAAGUGAGACUUCCAGGUGGAAAGGUGGGGACAGUGGCCGAAGAUUUAAGAGCAGAUGACCAGGGCUGGAUGGCUCAGUGGUUAAGACCACGUGCUGCUCUUCCAGAGGACCUGGGUUGGUUUCUUGGCACUCCAAUGGUGGAUUACAGUAAUCUACAGUUCUAUUUCUUGGGUAUCCAGUGCCCUCUUCUAGUUUCCAUAGACACUAGACACACGCAUGGUCCACAGGUAUACAGACAUACAGGCGAAACACCCAUGCUCAUAAAAUACAUAUUUUUAAGCUGAAAACUGAAACUUAAAAGCUGAGACCCAUGGGUAAAUGCCCUUGUGACCUGCACCUGUUACCACUUCUGCACACCUGAAGAAGUUUUAAGUCCCACAUGGAACUGCAUCUUCAGGCAAAAGCUCUUAGCUAGCUAGCUCUUCGCUCUUGAAACAUUGCAAGAGCUGUUUUUUAAGUAGCAACCAGAACUCCGUUCAGAGUUUCACCCUUGGGCUCUGCGAUUGUGAGCCAGGUCUUCAGUGUUCCACUUUCAAUGCGUGCUGGAAGUUCUUUCUUCCCUCCCCAUCCUUAGCCCUCCUUUCUCUUUCCUUCCUUCCUCUCCAUCCUUCUAUUGCUCUCCCUCUCCCUCCUCCUCCUUUCUAGCAAGCACAACUCUCCUGACCCUUGCUCUGAGACAAUGUUGAAGCCAAAUGCUAUAAUCUAUAAAUGGGUCCUGAUGUAGUUCAUACAAGAGCUACUCUGUUCAAUUAUGCAUUUGGGUCUCUUCUUAUGGGUCACAUGACCAUUUCUUGCGGGUCCUCUGCUGUUUAAUGUUUUUAAAUGGUUAGAAGAUCUAUCAAAGAGCAUAGAUUCAACUUCAUAUCAUCAGCAAAAUGUAAUCAGCAAUGUUUUAUAUUUUAUAAAAUUGAAUAUUUAUAACAAUGAAUAUAUUCUAACAGCCUUAGCUAUCAAUUAUGCAUAUAUCCAUAUUUAUAUAGGAAAGAUAAAGACCUGAAUUAAAAUCUGUGAACAAC